UCUGAUGAUAAUGUUGUUCAAUGUAUAGUUAUUCAUUUUCUUUACAUUUUCAGACUGCAGCUUUAGAAUUCAUUGCACUAAAUAAAGAUAUCAUCAAAAGUGAUGUGUUUUAUGAAUUACCUGAAGAUUUACAGUCUGAAGUAGAAGAAAUGAUCACCUGGGUUGAACUAAGGAAUUCUCAGCGAAGUGAAGAGCUCUCUGGUCCUCAGUAUCUUGCUCCUGAUAGUCCUAGUUCUAUGUCAUCUAGUCUGUUAGAUAUUGAAGAAUUAACAUCAGCUAUGAAUAUGUCUGGAAAAGAAGGAGAGCAAGCAUCUGACUGUAGCUCAUUAGAGGAUCUUCCUUUAACGCAUGAUUCAGCACAGUUGGAAGCAUGUGUUGCUCAACUCAGGGACAUUGUUGGUGAAACAGUAGCUCGGGAAGAACUUAUCCGUGUCUCCCUUGCUGCAGACUAUGAUGUUAAUAGGGCCUUGAAUUUCUUCUUCUCUUGAUUUAGAACUAAGUGAUUCUUGUAAAUCCUUAUUUGUAAUAUAUGGUUUUAUUGUCAUUUAA